AUGGCUUCCGUUGAUAAGGGUCUCGAGGAGAUCCCAGAAGGUCAAAUCGAGUCCAACUAUGACGAGACCGUUGAUUCUUUCGACACUAUGAACCUGAAGCCUGAGCUUCUGCGAGGUGUCUACGCCUAUGGUUUCGAGCGUCCCUCUGCUAUCCAGCAACGUGCUAUUAUGCCAGUCAUUAAGGGCCACGAUGUCAUUGCGCAAGCCCAAUCAGGUACCGGAAAGACUGCAACUUUCUCUAUCUCAGUCUUGCAAAAGCUUGAUCCCAACAUCAAGCAAUGCCAGGCUCUGAUUCUUGCUCCUACCCGUGAAUUGGCCCAGCAGAUCCAGAAAGUCGUUGUUGCUAUUGGUGACUUCAUGAACGUUGAGUGCCAUGCUUGCAUUGGUGGUACGAGCGUUCGUGAUGACAUGAAAGCUCUUCAAGAGGGUCCUCAAGUCGUUGUCGGUACUCCUGGUCGUGUCCAAGAUAUGAUCCAACGCCGAUUCCUGAAGACCGACUCGAUGAAGAUGUUCGUUCUCGAUGAGGCCGAUGAGAUGCUUUCUCGUGGUUUCACUGAGCAAAUUUAUGACAUCUUCCAGCUCCUCCCUCAAUCCACCCAGGUCGUCCUUCUCUCCGCUACCAUGCCCCAGGACGUCCUCGAGGUCACCACUAAAUUCAUGCGCGAUCCCGUCCGUAUCUUGGUCAAGAAGGCCGAGCUCACCCUCGAGGGUAUCAAGCAGUUCUACAUCGCUGUCGAGAAGGAGGAUUGGAAGUUGGACACUCUUUCCGAUCUCUACGAGACAGUCACCAUCACACAAGCCGUCAUCUUCUGCAACACCAGAAGAAAGGUCGACUGGCUUACUGACAAGCUUACUGCUCGUGACUUCACUGUGUCUGCCAUGCACGGCGAUAUGGACCAGGGUCAGCGUGAUCUGAUUAUGAAGGAAUUUCGAUCAGGUUCAUCCCGUGUCUUGAUCGCCACCGACUUGUUGGCUCGUGGUAUCGAUGUCCAGCAAGUCUCCUUGGUCAUCAACUACGAUCUCCCUGCCAACCGUGAGAACUACAUCCACAGAAUCGGUCGUGGAGGUCGUUUCGGACGAAAGGGUGUCGCGAUCAACUUCGUUACUGCUGAGGAUGUGCGCAUGAUGAGAGAAAUCGAACAGUUUUACAGCACUCAAAUUGAGGAGAUGCCAAUGAACGUCGCCGAUCUCAUCUAA